AUGAUGCGAUCUAUUUUGGUUGCAUUUUUCGUCAGUACUUCUACGGUUGUUGCUCGAUUGCCUUGUGGUGGCUAUGAGAACAUCUACGUCUGCAAAGAAGACGACCCAUCCACGUUUCUUAUAUGCACAUAUGGAUACGAAUAUGAAUUCCAGUGCCCUCCUGGGUUACAUUUUAAUGCAAAAGUCAGUAUAUGCGACUGGCCUGGAAAGGCAUCUUGCGAUCUAGACGAAGAAGACCUAGAAGCUGAAAACAUGCCCCUGUACGAUGAUGAGGAUGAUGACUAUAUAUCUUGGCAAAUGGCAACGACAUCUGCAUGGUGGCCAAGACGUAUGCCCACAACAUCGCCCUGGUGGACACAACCGACCACCACAACAGCCCCCUGGUGGCCAAGACCCCGGAAAACAACACAAAGCUGGUUCCAACCUGCAUGGAAACCUAAAAAGGUUACACCGAGACCGACUAUGAAACCUAGGCACGGUCAGCUGACGGACAACGGUUGGAGAACCAGGAAGACAACAGCUGGAUAUGACCAUCGUCUCAUCCGUGGGCCUUCAGACCCGUGGGCACCGAUCACGACGGCCGUGGAACCUACUCAGCCUCCGUGGAAGAAGCGCUCAACGCCCAGAACACCCCAAAUAGUUUGGAAGGAGAGGAAAGCUGUGGAACAAAACGGAAUAGAAGUGAAAUCGACCACACCGAAACCAACAGUAACCGAAGCAGCAGAAAAUCUCACUGUCAACAAAGCAAAAUGUCCCAAAGACAAAUGCAAGUUGCCAGCAUGCCGGUGUCCUGGACCAGACAUCCCUGGAGGUCUACCUGUUAAGAAAGUCCCUCAGAUGAUAAUGCUUACCUUCGACGACAAAGUUAACGACGAAAAUUUCCAAUUUUUCAGUAAACUUUUCACAAAGGAUAGAACCAAUCCCAACGGAUGCCCAAUAAAAGCCACCUUUUUCGUUUCCAAGGUGGGAACCGACUUUGGAAAAGUCAAGGAGUUGUAUGACAUGGGCCACGAGAUUGCAUCUCACAGUAAGUCUUAUCGAUUCCCCCAUUCGUGGUGGGCAACAGCCACCUAUAAUGAUUUUAAGGACGAAAUAGAAGGUAUGCGAGAGGAACUUGUGAUAAAAGCUGGCAUUCCUUAUGCUGACAUCAAGGGCAUGAGAGUACCAUUCUUGCAAAUUGGAGGUGACAACCAAUACAAAGUUCUACAGGACUUCAAUUAUUUGUAUGACUCCUCUAUGGUCACUGGUCAUUUGUUGAGAGACAAACGUUCUCCAGUCUGGCCAUUCACUCUUGACUACCCGGUAGAUUGCAAGUAUAGCAGCGUGGAGCCAAGACCAAAGAAGUCCUAUCCAGGUUUGUGGGAGGUUCCCGUUGCUCGACUGUAUGGGAAUGACGGUAGGGCAUGUUCAAUGGCAGAUUCAUGUGUCCCAACUAAAACCACAAAAAUGGCUCUCAGAUACCUUCGAGACAAUUUUCUCCGGCAUUACACUAAAAACCGAGCGCCUUUGGGAAUUUUUGUCCAUGCCUCGUGGUUUAAGCAGACACCGCAUGCCUUGGAUGCAAUGCAAGAGUUUAUAGAGAAACUAACUCAACUCAGCGAUGUCUGGUUUCUGACCGUAUCGCAAGUCAUCGAGUGGACAAGAAAGCCUACACCGUUAGCAGAUCUCAAGACGUUUGAGGCAUUUCAGUGUAAGAAGACAUCAUAG